CUGGGUGUACAGUCCCUUGCACGUAUCCUGCACAUCUACGAGGCGACACUGGGUUUGUUUGGUCGCGGUCCAAUGUGUUCCUGACAUAGAGUCCUGGUGAUAUGCUUUCUCCGAUACUGUACUGCAUACCGCAUAUUGGCGUUUAAGAACAUGGAAAGAAUUCUCAGUCGCAUUGUGACAAUCGUCGCCUUGAUAUACAUAUGUGUUCACGAAAACAUCGGUUCUCAUGUCGGCAAAUGUGAAGAUGGGUGCACCCCUCCAUAUGGGGGAUUAACAUGUCAAGCCUGCCUACACGAUUGUUAUGGAGACAGAUGUACUGACCACUGCAGCCACUGUGGCAGUGAUGGGUGUGACAGAGAUACAGGCAGGUGUUACAGGUGUAAACCAGGUUACCACGGUGACGGGUGUAACACUUUAUGUCCAGACAACUGUCCUGCAGAUUACAAGGGUGAUGUUUACUGCAACAGAAGCUCAGGGAACUGCCUGGAAACCUGUAACAAGGGACAUUUCGGGAGCACGUGUCAGAAACGCUGUCCACAACAUUGCAAACACUCGUUGUGCGCCAAGACCAAUGGGUAUUGUCUGGUUGGAUGUGCGCAUGGAUGGAGAGGGUCCUUCUGUAAUGAGAAGUGCUCUGCUAACUGCUUGCGAGGUAUCUGCCACAGUGACGGCAAGUGCAAGGAGGGCUGCGAACCUGGUUACUAUGGCCAGUUCUGUGACAAGAAGUGCUCUAACUGUUACACAACUGGAUGUGACAGAUUUUCAGGCAGAUGUGAUCAAUGCUCACCUGGUUUCCAUGGCGACAACUGCACCAUGACAUGUAGUCACUACUGCUACACAGAACGUGAUGGCUACAGGCAUUGUGCGCGUGCAGACGGAACCUGUGUGCAAGGAUGCAUAGAUGGGAGACAUGGACCUCAUUGUGGUAGCAGUUGUAGUAGCAACUGUAAAAACUCAGUAUGCUUUCCAAAAGACGGGUCUUGUGUCAACGGCUGUACACACGGGUGGAAAGGAUCAUUAUGUAACGAAAAAUGCUCGAAAAGUUGUCGAACAGGCGCCUGUUACACCGAUGGAAAAUGUAAAUACGGUUGCGAACCAGGAUUUUAUGGCCUGUUUUGUGAUAGGCAAUGUCCGCAUUGCCAUAUCACUGGAUGUGACAGAACAUCGGGCAGGUGCGAGGAAUGUUCCCCAGGGCGAUAUGGCAAUGGAUGCCAUCUGAAAUGCAGCAAUUGUUAUGCAGGUCGAGAAGGCUUGAGUCUUUGUGAUCGUGACACCGGCACGUGCCAGGAGGGAUGCAGGGAAGGUCGGUAUGGACCAACAUGUAGUCAUCAUUGCAGCAAAACGUGCAGACAUUCGUGCUCCUAUACAGAUGGCUCCUGUAUCAAUGGCUGUAUCGGAGGAUGGAGAGGAACCGACUGCGACAGCAAGUGCCCUGAAAACUGUUUGAAUAAUGACUGUCUCACUGAUGGAAGGUGCAAGCAGGGUUGCCGCGAUGGGUUCACUGGUCGGUCCUGUCACGAGAAAUGUUCGACCUGUAGAAACGUUCCUAAACCUGCGGCAUACACUCAGUCUAGUAAUGGGUCAUCUCGCCUAGCGUCCAUGUCAGGGUUUUGGAUCCAAGUGGCUGCGGUCAUAGUGUGGGCGUGUCACCGCUGUACAAUGAGCUGCCAGGACAUCUGAACUGCAAUCUCGUCGGGGGUAGUUAGAAGAGUCCUGGCAGCGCAUUGUAAGCUGAUAUGUCAAUCCAACCUACUCGUGUGUAUACGUGACUGACAUCACCUCUACAGCCAUCUCCAUCAGAAGAUAUAGAACAAAUACAACCAAACUUACUGGAAACGCCGCAGAAGUUGCAUGUUCAUGUAUACAAUAAAUAUGUAAAUCAACUACCAGUACAUAUUCAUGAUUAUAUACAUAAAGGAUUGUUUAUGUACAUAAGUGAGUGUAUAUCCUAUUUAUAAAUUUAGUUGCAUUUGUAUAUUUUUAUGAGUGUACCAUCGUUGUAAACAACUGGUUUGUGGGAAGACAUUUGAAGAUAAGGGCGUACAAUGUUACAACUGCCCCUUCUUGAAUAUGAAAAACGACAAUAAAUCUCAUUUAUGAAAA